GCAAAGACGACAAUGUAUGCAGAUUUUCAAAGAGAUGGGCGUGCCGGGCCCAGAACCAAACUUUCUUUUUGGCAAUCUUCUGGAAUUUCGGAAAACUCCGCUUUUCAAGAAAUAUCAAGAAUGGAGGGAGAUGUAUGGCGAGACAUUCGGCUACUUUGAGGGUCCAACGCCAGUGAUUGUCACCUCCGACGUCAAUUUCCUACAAGAAGUCUUCAUCAAACAGUUCAACAAGUUCCAUGCUCGAAAGCUUUGGCCAGUACAGGUGGACCCAGAUAAAGAUGAAGAUGUCCACUUGUUCUUUGCACGUGGUCGCCGAUGGAAGAGACUGCGAAACGUGGUCAACCCUGCCUUCUCUGCGGCAAAGAUAAAGCGGAUGUCGCCUACCGUUAACGACAGCAUAAACCACCUUCUUGACGUAAUCAAAGAGACAGCGAGCUCGACUGCCGACAAAAGUGUCGAAGUGCUUGACUUGUUCCGCCGCCUGACCCUAGACACGAUCCUCCGCUGUGAGGCGGGCAUAGACCAGAACUCCAUCAAGGACCCGUCCGACCCCUUCCUCCGACACUGCAAGAACGUCAUCGACGACACGGCCAAGAACCCCUGGCUCUACCUGCUCGGCUUUAUGUUCCCCAAUCUUCACUGCAUCUGGAUCCGCAUCUACAAGUUUCUUCACUACUUCAAGUUCAACCCUGUUUUCUGGCUGGAGGACAGAAUGCGUGAUAUUGUCGUCAUGCGCAGAAACGACAAUGGGAACAAGCGCAUUGACUUGAUGCAACAGAUGCUGGACGCCCAGUUCUCAGUAAACAGUUUCCAGGAACUGGACAAAUCCACCGAGAAAGCUCAACCUGUCGUCCGCUCCAUGACCAAUGAAAGUGACAGCCCGACAGUGUAUGGAGGAGUGUGUCGUGGGGGACCUGUGUGUGCCCGCCGGGAUGUUAGUCCACGCCAACCUAUGGGAUGUCCAGUACGACCCACGUCACUGGGGAGAAGAUCCUCAAAGCUUUAACCCUCUCAGGUUUAUGCCAGAGAGGCGUCGCCACAGACACCCAGCUGCGUGGAUGCCAUUUGGUGGAGGACCUCGCUCCUGUGCUGGGCUCAGGUUUGCUCUCUUACAGCUCAAGAUGGUCGUGGCCAAGGUUCUCAGAGAUUUUGAGUUCGAUCCUCCCAACAAGCAGAUCGGGGUUGCUCUAACGUUGAAGCAGGGUGCGACUAUUUUGCCUGAAAAUGGAGUUCUCUUGUCCGCGAGAAGGCGUGACUCGGCAAUGUCUGACGCGGGCGUGAGGCGAGGUUCUAUGCUCAGUGGCCUGGAACUGAUCGACUGGAUGAACAAGAGAAGAGAAUCUGUCAAAGAGGAGGAACAGGGCGAAGCAGACGAUGUCGAUUCUGAUUUGGAGCACUGGACAAAGGGAGGAAGAGCUCAAAGGCGAAAGUCCUCUUUGAGUUCUGUGUCCGAGGUCUUGGGUCAAACGACAGGACUCGAGCAGAGCAAGAGAUAUUCAAUGUCCAGGCGGGGUUCUGCCUUGAACUCUGAGGAGGAUGAGAUGGAUACAAGUAAUCUGAGGAGAAGUUCACUUAGUUUGUGCAUGAGUUUGCUUCAGGCAGACUCUCUCAGCAAGGCCGCCAACAUUCUUAGACGUGUGUCAGUCAGUGGUGACGUCACUCCACCUAUUGAGGAGGACUGCACAGAAACUGACGUCAUUGUCAACAACAUGUCAGGCAAAGCGUCAGACAGUAACCGCAAGUACAUGAAACAGACCACCUUUAAUUCAAGUUUGCCAAGUUGCCCUGUGCCGGUGAACGAAGACGAGUGGGAGGACAAAUCCUGCUAUAUGCCGGAGGAAAUUCUUGGCUCUCACCCCGGCCUCAAGUCUUCACUUUGUCGGAGGCGAGGAUCAGCUCUGCCACAACUUGAGUCCAUGAGGGAGGCCAGCGACAUUGAUGAAUUCUUCCAUCGUUACAGCGAAAGUCUUAUCACAGAGAUGACAAACCUGGACGAUGAUCAAAUGCUGUCCUUUAAAAAGGGCGGGAAAAGGCACGCUCGUCUGUACCAGAGACGAGGAUCUGGGUAGGCUAGAGAAGUGGUUCACAGCUUGUGACCCAAGUCGAUACUUUUGGUAGUCCACAGAAGGUUCUCUUUAUCUGAAUGCUAUCCAAAAUUGGUAGACAACUUCUGAAUAAUGUAGUUUGAAAGAAGAAGCCAAACUAAAAUAUUAUGUUAUUUUACUUGUACAUUUUUUAAAAAUCUUAAGAAAGAAUGUUCUUGUCAUGUUCCAUAGUUUCAGCAAGCUCCACGCUAUUAGUUUGAAACUUCUGUUUCAAACGAAGUUGGAUUUAUAUGUUAUUGUGGCCCUGUAAAUUUUAUGAUGAAACAUCAAUUACAAAACAGGAGAUGUCAAACAAUACAUUCUGAUUUGUAGAAAAACAGGCGUAUAACAACGAAAUGAUCUGCUCCGACUACUUACUAAAAUGAUGACAAACAAUGCCAAAUUUGGCUGACAAAGAAAUAUAUCCUAUGAAAAGUUACACACGUUUUGCACCUUUUGGAGCACACUUAUAAAAGCGAGGGAAAACGUACUAGAUUUCUAUAAACAUUCUCAUUAACUCAGAGUCUGAUUCAGAAGUGUGAACGCUCUUUUUUUUACUAAAAAAAAGGAGUAUGAGGUAAAGGUCAUGAUGGAAGUAAAGACAACAAACACGUUUGUCUGUUCAGCAUGACAUGUUUUAAGGAUAGAGAUUUGUUUUACACACACACACACACACACACACACACACACACACACACACACACACACACACACACACACACACACACACACACAUACACACACGCACACACUUAAUUAAAGUCACUGUCAAUUGUCUCUCGGUUUUGUUCGUCGUAAAGAUUUCAGCAAGAUUCCUGAAACCUAUGCUAUUUAUCUUGUGACCAAUGCAACUCGCAGAAUUUUCAUUGACGUAUUUGAAAACAAAUAUUUAUUUGUCUGCAGUUUUUUCACGGUUAUCUCUAUUUCUUAGGCACAUUAUGAAGUGAACAACAUCAAAAGGUUUUUGUUUAUUUUUUAAGAAAUCUUUGGUAUUUAGAUCCAGUUAGUAGGGCCUUUAAAUUAUGUCAGCGAAAAAUGGUACAUUUAGUUUAUUCCUCCCUCAAUUUCCCCCCCCUCCCCCUCCUUUUUGCUUAGACAUUUUGCGUUAAUUUAUUUUGAUAACCUGCCAACUUUUUCUGUAAUUAGUUUCAAUUACAUGUAUUUCUUUUGUUAGUUUUUAGAGAAAGAAUGUUCAUAUAUAUUCAAACUGGUUGAAAAACUGUCUAUCAGGAAGUGUUAACAAAAUGCUGACGUUUAAUUGAGGUUUCGGUCCCUGAAGUGGACCAGUAAAGAUUAUUUUUCCUAGUUGUUCAUUUCUACGUUUACUAAGGACAUGUUUAUGUUUUCUAAAUAAACAGAAAUAAUAUACGGUCUGUGCUUGCUUUCCACCCCUACCCUAAAAAUCUGCAAUAAAGUCAAUUAACACUUUCUUA